CGACCAGGUGCCGGCGCCGAGCGGGCGACACGCGCGUCUCUGCGGGGCUGCGCGGGGUCCGCGGAGCGGCUGGGGGCGCGCGGCGCGGGCGCGGCGCUGGGCGCGGGGGGCGCUCCCGGCCGGGAUGAGCUCACCGCAGUCGCGCCGGGGCUGAGCGCCGAGCCGGGCGGCGGCGGGGCGGGCGGCGGCUCCUCGGCGGCUCGGCGGCGGAGCCGGGCCGCGGGCCACCAUGCUGGGCCUGGACGCGUGCGAGCUGGGGGCGCAGCUGCUGGAACUGCUCCGGCUGGCGCUGUGCGCCCGAGUCCUCCUGACCGACAAAGAGGGGGGGCAGCUGCCACCGGAAGAGGCGCUGGAUGAGGCCGUGCCCGAGUACCGGGCCCCGGGGAAGAAGAGCCUCUUGGAGAUCCAGCAACUGGAUCCAGAUGACGAGAGCCUGGUCAAGUACAAGCUGGCCCUGCUGGGGCCUGUGCCGCCCGCCAUGGAUCCAAGCCUGCCCAACGUUCAGGUGACCAGGCUGACACUGAUAUCUGAGCAGGCCCCGGGGCCCAUCGUCAUGGACCUCACAGGGGAGUUGGCUGCGCUGAAAAACCAGGUGUUUGUCCUGAAGGAGGGUGUUGAUUACAAAGUGAAGAUUACCUUCAAGGUCAACAAGGAGAUCGUCAGUGGACUGAAGUGUCUGCAUCACACCUACCGCCACGGCCUGCGAGUGGACAAAGCCGUCUACAUGGUGGGCAGUUACGGCCCGAGCGCCCAGGAGUAUGAGUUCGUGACUCCGGUGGAGGAGGUGCCCCGAGGCGCGCUGGUGCGGGGUGCCUACGUGGUCACGUCCUUCUUCACUGAUGACGACAGGACCGCCCACAUGUCCUGGGAGUGGGGCCUCCACGUCUGCCAGGACUGGGAGCGCUGAGCACCCCACCCCGGGGCCUCUUCCCACUGGCCCCCCCGCUUCUGUCAGCUGCUGCAAGGGACCCCUGAGCGUUCCCCAGCCCCUCAGUGACCAGAACCCCACCCCCUGUCCUGUACCGGGAUGCCCCCCCCAGGCCUGGCACUGUGCCCUGAACAGUCCUAUUAAACGUCGCUCUGUCUCGG